AUGGCUCCCUUGGCUCUUCUCCAGUCCCAGUUCCAGCUAGAAAGCCCACUGGGACACAAAUUAGCCCUGUGGGAGAAGAGGGGAGCCGAGGCUACUUGUCUCUGGGACCUGCCGUCCAAGAGAAGGAGGCCACGGCCCGAGAAGGAACUGACCCUGCCCAGGGGAGACCUAGUGGAGGUGCUGUCCAAAGACUCAAUCUCGGGGAAGGGCUGGUGGACAGGGAAGCUCCAGGAGAGGGGGGUCUUCCCCAGCAAUUAUGUGUCCAGCGACCCCAAGUAUGCCCAGGGCCCGGGCGCCUUGGAAAGCCCCUUCUGGGAGCUGGAGCUGCGCAAGAUCAUUGGGGGGGGGGGCUUCAGCAAAGUCUAGGGCCUGUGGCGAGGAAAAGAGGUAGCCGUGAAGGCUGCCUGCCAGGAUCCAGAGGAGUUGCUCCCCAUGACAGUGGAGAACGUGCGCCAGGAGGCCCGGCUGUUUGCCCUGCUGAGCCACCCCAACCUUCUUGCACUGAAGGCGGUUUGUCUGAGCUCUCCCACCCUCUGCCUGGUGAUGGAGUAUGCCCGCAGAGGGAGACUCAACCAGGCCUUGGCAAGCAAGACGCUCCCUCCUCACAUCCUGGUCACCUGGGCAGUGCAGCUUGCGCAGGGCAUGAGCUAAUACCUUCACCAUGGAGCCCUGAUUCCCAUCACCCAUCGGGAUCUCAAGUCCCUCAAGAGUAAGUCACCUGGGCAGGAGGGCUCUGGUGGGGGCGAGGGGCUGCCCCCGGACUGCAUUACUUGCCCCACCCCUGCCUUUCUUCAUGUUUCAGCCCCCUUGGUCCUCCCAAACUUUAUCCCUUCCAGGCAGCGACUCGCCUCCACAGAGCAGUCAUCCCUCUUCCAGAUGCCCCUCCAGUCGCUGCAGCAGGACUGGAAGAUGGAGAUCACAGGGCUCUUCCAGGAUCUGCACACCAAGGAGAAGGAAUGGAGGAGCUGGGAGCUGCUGUGCACUGCGGAGGAGCACCAAACCCAGGAGGCAGAGCUGCGCUGGUGGGAGCCGGAGUGGGCCAAGCGCAAGGUGGCUGUGGUGGAGCAGGAGCUGAACCUGCUGAUGCUGCAGCUAGGCCAGGAGAAGCCCUGGAUCAAGAGGCGGAAGGGGCACUCCUGACACUGCUGCCGUCUCCAGCUGCACAUCGGCCUCCCUUCAGGCUUUGAGCACAAGAUCACAGGGCAGGUGUCCCCCUGCCUCAAUGAGCAGAAAAGGUGGGGGACCCCCAGCCCCCCAGGCAGCCCCAGCCUCAUCCCACGCCUUGCAGCCAUUCCCCAUGAGUCUGGAAGGGCCAGCACUGCAGACACCUGCUGUCGGGCUGAAGUCCCUGGCCUGAUGCAAUCGAGAGUGGUCAUCCAGCGCACCCCACAUGGCAAAUCCCCCAAGCACAGGCCCCUGGCCGUGGGCUUUGCCAGCCUCCUGGAAAUGGGCAGGUGCUCCCACGUUCCCUCUGCCCAAUGA